GAACCUCUUAGGAGGUGGUUGGAACGAUGCAGCGGAGCUUGUGGCUGCUCCUGCUCCUAGCUCUAGGCGGGACCAAUGCCAAGGAGCCCAAGAACAUCCGAUACGAAACGGGAAACCAGGGAACUGCAGGAAUAGAACCGGAAGGAGAAUCGGAACCCCUAAGCGACAGUGGUUAUCUGAUAAUCCAACCAACCAGCGACCUACAGAACCAGAAUGCCAAAACGAUUACCGAAUUUCGGGAGAAGCUCGACAACGCUGUGGGGGGAAUCCUUUCUGAUUUGCCUGAUACCUCCAAGAAAAAGAGAAGGCAAGCCCUGCAGGAAGCACUAAACACCUUGACUGGUCUGAGUCUGGCUCUGCCCAAGCUGGAAGCAAGCCUCAGUGACAUCGGGCAGCAGCAGAAGGUGAUUGUCCGGCUCUUCAGGCACCAGGAGGAGUGGCGCUUCUGGGCAGCGGAUCAAGUGCGAAAGGUGAUGGAGUCCACGGAAGGACUCCGCACAGCGGAAGCUGUUACCGUCACCGAAGAGGUAAACAAUCGCUACAGCACCCGACUGAGAGGCUGUGCCGGUGACUUCAUUUGGCUCCAGAUCCGUUUUAACCUGGAUCUGGCCAAGACCCUCGACAGUUUGCAUAGUCCGACGGAUCAGUUGAUUGAGGCCAGCGGGAGAUGUUCCAGGAUCAGAGCCAAACAGUGCCACAAGGCGGUGAGAGAUGCCGCCGGAGAACUUCAGCUAGCUCCACAGGAUCUGAAUGAUCGCUGGUCUGCAUCCGAUCAGCUAAAGGAAAGCCAGUCCACAGCCGUUCGCUGCAUGGAGCAGGCCUUGGAGGAGUACACGGAAGAGCGUCUGCUUACGGAGACCUCGUUGCAUCCCCAUGGGCUAAGGGAUACAUAUAGGGGACGCACCAAGCACAUAUGCAGGACAUAGAAAGCACCAAUUAUAUAGCACAUAAUAAGGACAUUCAGAGCACCUAUAGGCAAGCACAUAAGCAGGACAGUUGUGACACAAAAUGUAGGCUAAGACAGCAUAAUAAAACCCGCAUUAAUAGUGCAGUUUUCCAUUUG